UGAGCUCUUUGAGCCAAUCAGAACCAGAGUGAUCGUGUCCAUGUUGGCGUGGAGAAGGGCGUGUUGUCCCUAUAUAAACCCUGGGCUUUGCACAGAUUACACGCAGGCGCAUCUUACCUGGAGAGGACCGUUUCACACAGCACCCUUGUACCAGAACUCUUCCAAAAUGGGAGAUUGCAACCCAGUCAAUCAGGAAGUGGAACACUUUAACAAACAGAAGCUCAAGAAGACAAACACACAAGAGAAAAACCAUCUCCCAACCAAGGAGGAAAUUGAAGAGGAGAAGAAGGCCAUAAAAGAGGGGAACAACUGAAACACCCCAACCAUGAUUCUUCUUCCUCUUCUGACCCGCUCAAUCACCUUGUUUGUCUUCCAGUUCAGAGUCCGACCAUCUUCCUCUUUACUGCUAAUGUCUGUGCCACCAUCUUUCAGUAGAAAUGGGGUUAAAGGUUGCUCUAUAUGCAAAUGAUCUCAAUUUAAUCCAAUCUAUAUGAAUGCAAUGGGUGCUUAUUAUCCUCUUUCUCUGUAGUUUAUGCAGUGUUGAACUGAAGGCAGUAAAUACUAAGUGUUGGGUGUAGGUUUAAACAAAAAUGCAAAAUAAAAAAAUACUGCAAUGACAUGUAAUUGUUAUUAACACCAAAUGUAUGCCUGCAAAUGGUGUAUUUAAUGGAAAUGUAGUGAAGAAUAAGAGGAUACAGAUAUUUUUGUUUUAAUAAAAAUCAAUGUGACAAAUGUUUUUGCUUAA